UUCAGAGUUUAAAAUAAGGAAUUUUUCUAAGCUGAGUGUUCUUAGUAAACUUAGACCAGACAAUUGUCUAGUUUUAAAUCUACAGGAUAAAUACUAGAGCCUACAUUUUGGCCACAUGAUGUCGCUGUCUACCACAGAGUGUUUUCCAGGAAGAAAAAUACCCAGAUGCCAUUGGCACUCAAGAGAAGCAGAACAAUAGAAGUAGCAGGACUUGAGCAGAGACUAGAGGGAAAUAUUUAAAAAUUUGCACAACAUGAUCUUUUAAUUUGAUCAACUCACUGAGGAUUGGUAAUGGUGUCUUCUAUGAGAAGGGGCCGGGAGGUUGGGCGACUGCUGCUCUGGCUUCGGCUCCUCGCAGCCUGGAGGGCCGGCACCGGUCAGGUCCACUACUCGGUCUCCGAGGAGGCCAAACACGGCACCUCCGUGGGCCGCAUCGCCCAGGACCUGGGGCUGGAGCUGGCAGAGCUGGUGCCGCGCCUGUUCCGGGUGGCGUCCAAAGGCCGCGGGGACCUUCUGGAGGUAAAUCUGCAGAAUGGCAUUUUGUUUGUGAAUUCUCGGAUCGACCGCGAGGAGCUGUGCGGGCGGAGCCUGGAGUGCAGCAUCCACCUGGAGGUGGUCGUGGACAGGCCGCUGCAGGUUUUCCAUGUGGAGGUGGAGGUGAAGGACGUUAACGACAAUCCACCAGUAUUUCCAGCGGCGGUAAGGACUAUCCGGUUUCACGAAUCCAGGCUGCUUGACUCGCGGUUUCCUCUAGAGGGAGCAUCUGAUGCAGAUAUUGGAGUAAACGCUCUUCUCUCCUACAAGCUCAGCUCCAGUGAGUUUUUCUUUCUAGAAGUAGAGACAAAUGAUGAACUAAGUCAGUCUUUGUUUCUUGUACUGAGGAAAUCUCUGGACAGGGAGGAGACUGCCGAGGUUAAUUUGUUACUGGUGGCUACUGAUGGGGGCAAACCUGAGCUCACAGGCACCGUCCAAUUGCUCAUCAAGAUAUUAGAUGUUAAUGACAACGAACCUAUUUUUGACCAAUCAGUUUACAAAGUACAGUUGUUAGAGAACACCACGAACGGAACAUUAUUGGUUAAACUAAAUUCUUCUGAUGCAGAUGAAGGAUCAAACAGCGAGAUUGUGUAUUCAUUUAGUAGCGAUAUGCCCUCUACUAUAAAGACCAAGUUCAAAAUAGAUCCCAGCUCAGGGGAAAUCAGAACUAAGGGACAGUUGGACUAUGAAGAAACGAAAUCCUAUGAGAUUCAAGUCAUUGCAUAUGACAAUGGAAGUCCAUCAAUGUCUGGGCACUGUAAAAUUUCAGUAAAACUGGUGGACAUUAAUGAUAACAUACCAGAAGUCUCCAUAACCUCUCUUUCACUACCCAUCCGAGAGGACGCUCCGCUGGGCACAGUCGUCGCCCUCAUCACGGUGUUCGACCGUGACUCCGGUGCCAAUGGGCAGGUGACCUGCACUCUGUCGCCCCACGUCCCCUUCAAGCUGGUGUCCACCUUCAAGAAUUACUACUCGCUGGUGCUGGACAGCGCCCUGGACCGCGAGAGCGUGGCGACCUACGAGCUGCUGGUGACAGCGCGGGACGGGGGCUCGCCUCCGCUGUCGGCCACCGCCAGCGUGUCCGUGCAGGUGGCCGACGUGAACGACAACGCGCCGGCGUUCGCGCAGCCCGAGUACACGGUGUUCGUGAGGGAGAACAACCCGCCGGGCCGCCACAUCUUCACGGUGUCGGCGCGCGACGCGGACGCGCAGGAGAACGCGCGGGUGUCCUACUCGCUGGUGGAGCGGCACGUGGGAGAGCGCGCGCUGUCGAGCUACGUGUCGGUGCACGCGGAGAGCGGCAGGGUGUACGCGCUGCAGCCGCUGGACCACGAGGAGCUGGAGGUGCUGCAGGUCCAGGUGAGCGCGCGCGACGCGGGCGUGCCGCCUCUGGGCAGCAACGUGACGCUGCAGGUGUUCGUGCUGGACGAGAACGACAACGCGCCCGUGCUGCUGCCGCCUGGGGCGGGCGGCGGGGGCGGCGCGACGAGCCAGCUGGUGUCGCGGUCUGUGGGCGCGGGCCACGUGGUGGCCAAGGUGCGCGCGGUGGACGCGGACUCGGGCUACAACGCGUGGCUGUCGUUCGAGCUGCAGGCGGCGGCGGGGGCCGCGCGCAGCCCGUUCCGCGUGGGGCUGUACACGGGCGAGGUGAGCACGACGCGCGCGCUGGACGAGGCGGACGCGCCGCGCCAGCGCCUGCUGGUGCUGGUGAAGGACCACGGCGAGCCGGCGCUGACGGCCACGGCCACCGUGCUGCUGUCGCUGGUGGAGAGCGGCCAGGCGCCCAGGGCGUCGUCGCGGGCGUCGGCGGGCGCCCGGAGCACGGAGGCGGCGCUGGUGGACGUGAACGCGUACCUGGUCAUCGGCAUCUGCGCGGUGUCCAGCCUGCUGGUGCUCACGCUGCUGCUGUACACGGCGCUGCGGUGCUCGGCGCCGCGCAGCGAGGGCGCGUGCGGGCCGGGGCGGCCCCCGCUGGUGUGCUCCAGCGCGGUGGGGAGCUGGUCGUGCUCGCAGCAGAGGCGGCAGCGGUGUGCUCUGGGGAGGGGCCGCCCAAGGCCGACCUCAUGGCCUUCAGCCCCAGCCUACCUCAAAAUCCAGGCUCCGCAGAACAAAGACAACAACCUUCUGAGUCAGAACUCUUAGGAGGGCCACGACAGCCCAACCCUGACUGGCGUUACUCUGCCUCCCUGAGAGCAGGAAUGCACAGCUCCGUGCACCUGGAGGAGGCUGGCAUUCUGCGGGCUGGUCCGGGAGGGCCUGAUCAGCAGU